CGUGCAACCAUAGUCAGCAUUUAGGGAACCAUCCUCUUCGUGCUGGAAACCAGAAAUUUGGGUGAAGAAGUAAAUUUACCAAGGAUGUUUGGUCCAUGUAGCAACAUUUUCCAUUUUUUGACAUUUUUAAAUCCAUCAGGUUCUUCUUACAGUGACCAUGAGGAAGACUGGAGCUAGAUUGACCCUGUCUGGUGCGAUGGCAAGACAGCCACACCUUGAGCCAUUGGACACUAGUGAGAUUAAAAGCUCAAGUGUGACUAAAGCAGAAAAAGAAAUAAAGCUGUUAAAGCAAGAGAACCGGAAGUUAAAGGAUGAUCUAACAGAAGUCAGGUCAUUGUACAAUCAGCUAGUACAAGAGAAUAGCCAUGAGAAGUUUGAUGAACGGAGGGUAACUCUGUUGAAGUCACAGAUUAUACAGCUAGAGAGACAGUUGCUGUUAUUUAGUGAAGCCCUGACAUCUAGAAGUGAGACUUUGUUUGAUGUAGAGAAUAAUCUUCAGUGGCUGGCAGAUAAAUGCAGGUCAUUAAUCAGUAAAGAUGUGAGAGGUGCUCAAGUUCCUGUAGAUAGAUCAGAGUUAACAUUGAUGGUAGAGACCACAGAAUCUGCAAGGAUCAAGUUGUACAAACAGAUUGAGAAUAGAUCCACGGAGAAUUUAUCUAGACCAUUGAAAUUCACUAGUGAUUUUCUACAGUCUAGUAGAGAACAUGAUGUUACACUGUUAGAGAUAGCCUCUGGAAAUCUUGAACAUUUAAAUCUCAAACAUGUGACAAAGUUAGAAACAAAACUUAGCUCCCUUUACAAGGAUCUCAUUCAACUUCAUUCCAUCAUGGAACCUGAAAAUGACAGUGACUCAGCAUAUUUAUGGACUUCCUGUCAUGUGACCACACCUGCCAGAGAGAGGCUGAUGACCCAGAUUCUAAAAACAUGUGCAGUGAUGAAAGAAUGUAGCUCAGACCUUCUUAAUUUAUCAAUACUGUAUCCAAGUGCACCUUGGCCACCACUGAAGACAUGUGCACUUAAAGAGAUCACAGCAGAGAGAGUGUUGGCAUGUUUACCAGCUAGGUCAAGGUCAAGGUCAGAGGACAUGAACCAGAUGAUAAAAGCAUUGGUGAAAGCUUUCAACUAUAAAGUAUAUAUGCUUCAAAACCAGAAUAAAUGUUUGAGAGAAGAAGUGAAGUAUCAUCAGAAAGUUUACAAUCUGCAGCUCAAAUAUACAGAGUCUUUAUUUCAAGCUAUAAGGGAGGCCUACACAAGUUUUGAAGAUACUAGUAAUGACUUGAUAGUUAAACCAAUCAAUGUGGUUCUAGAAGCUUACAUGAAUUUAAGUCAGUCAGCAUCUGAGGUUUCCCUUAAAAAAUUCAUACAGACAUUUAAAGACCAGGUUCCGCAGCUGAGCACUAUAGUGGAGACAAUUCAAGUGAAAGCAUUUGAAGAAUCAGAAGGUUCUAAGGUGUUGUCACAAUAUGGUGACGAGUUCUUUGAAGCACUGGAAAAGUUGGUACGUAAAGAGCAGUCAAGGAGAGAUAUAGAGGCGGGCCGUGUCGAGGAAGUUCGCAAUGAGCAGGCCAGACUAGAUAAAGAAUUGCGAGACCUUUUAGAAGAGCAAGAAAACAGAUCUCAAUCAUCAUUAAUAUCAACAGUGCAAAAUAGUUUUACAUCAUCAGAUAUUGCAGACAAUGUUGUUGAAAGUGAUAAAAAUAAUGCAGUAGACAAAGAGCUAAGCUUAGAGUGUGAUAUCAGUGAAAAACCGCUGCCAACUUUAAAAAGGUCAAAGCAAAGGUCAAAAGAGAAACCACUACAUAAGAAAGAAUGGGUCAGUAUAUUAGAUGAAAAGCCAUUAGAGAGAGGUAUAUCUGAUCUAAAUUUAGAAUCACAUGAAACAGAAAGAGAACAUUCGGAAAGUGAUACAAAAGAAAUGUCAGAUGCUGAACUUUUUAAUUAUCUUUCAAAAACAGAUUUUGGGGAAGAUAUUCACACAAGUGUUGACAGCAUUGAUACAGGUGUUAAUAAACAUAUUGAGACUACUACCAGUCAAAAACCUCCAAAAGUAAAAAAGAAAAAACUGGGAUAUGUGCCAAAUACCUUUGUACCAAAUAAAACUCUUCAGUUGAGGAGAUCAGGAAGUUUAAGUAGACUGUCCUCUAAAGAAGAAAGUUUUGAAAGUAAUCAGUCUGCUGCUGAGAGACCAGUCUCUCAAGAGGAAGUUCUUACUGAGAAAUUAGGGAAACAAAUUCAGGGGAAAGGCUUCCACAGAAGUAGACCAGCAUUUAGGUAACAUACCUCAAUUGAUAAAUUAUCUCAGGGGAGGAGCGACCAAGUGAUUAGCAUAUCUACAUCUCAACCCAGGGAUCAUCUAUUCAAACUAUAUUAGGGUCAUGUCCAUAUUUUGCCAUGUAUUUUCCAUUUCAAUUUCUUUUUUGAUUGAAAUAGGCUGUCAGAUUUCUCACAAUCAAGCUUACAGUAUGUUUCAAUUAAUUGCCUCAUAUUUUAAUUCAUUUGUUUCCUUACAAAACUGUUGUUACAUGUAAGAAUAAAAUAAAAACAUGAAUUGUUUACUUUAUGUAAUUUUCUUUUAACAUAGUUUCUCAUUUGUCAGAAAUUUUAUUAUUAUUUAAAUAUUUGCUAAAUGAUUAAACCAUAUUAUAACAUUUCAAUUAGUAUGAUUACCAUAUUUUUAUACCUAAUAUGUACUUGGAUUGACCAAAAUAAACAAUACCUCAGUGAGACAACUUAGGGUACUAGUGCCUGAUUUUGUCCAACAACAUUGACCUGGCACUCUUGCAUUUGACCCUGUAGUCGGUAUAUUCCGUAAACGUUACGAUCUACUUGUAAAUCAAUAUGAAUGUAAAUAUCCAAUUGUUAAUGUGGUGUAAAUUAAAAUGCCUUGAUAAAGAGUUUUCACUUGUAGACGUAGACCUGUAGGUUCGAAUCCUAUUUCAGCGAUUUAUUUUUUAUUUUAAUUUUAAAAUUGCCAUUCUCUUUAAACUAUUGAAAACCUUUUUGCUAUUUAGAAUUUUUAAUAACUGCCUUUAUAGCAUGUAUGCGCUUAAGCAUAUACGAUUGCAUAAUGUCACAAAAAGAACCGUUGAAAGAUACUGUAAUAAAAUAAAAUUGUGCAUAAAAACACCACUUAAAAGGUAUUCUAAAACCAGGUGUAGUAAAACGAUUUCAAAUUAAUUCUAACAAUUAAAUUUCAAAAAAAACAUAAUGUGGUGUUGGUUAGGUAUCGAACCAGAGACCUUCAGAUCUGUAGUCCGACAUCUAUACCAAUACACCACACCUCACUGACGAGUGAAGUUAGCAAAAAUAUCGAUAUAUUCGAUUGGUAAUGGUCAAUGUUUAUUCAUAUGACCUUUUUGAAAUUUAAUGAAGUGCCAGGUCAAUAUUGUUGGACAGUAAUAAUUUAUAUUGAUCUCGAAGAAUGUUUUGUAUAUUUAUUGUUAAACAUUAUGCAACUUUAUAGUUAUAUUGCCUUAUUUGUUUUGCAAUGAAAUGUUAGACAUUAUGUUAUGCAAAUAAAUUUUAUUU